UUCUCUCUCUCUCUCUCUCUUCCCAUCACCGUGUGCAAACUAUUUCCACAGUACUAUAAAUAAGGCUGCAGAGUGGAUGAGCGCAAACCAAAGGCGUGGCUGUGUGCAGGUGGACCGUUGCUGCUCUCCAUCUCAACUUUCUUCAAGCAGGACUUUCUCCUCCGAGGAACUAAAUCACCGCAAACAUGCCUAAAUGCCCCAAGUGCGAGAAGGAAGUUUACUUUGCUGAGAGAGUGUCGUCACUUGGCAAAGACUGGCAUAGACCCUGUCUGAAGUGUGAGAAAUGCAACAAGACCCUGUCGGCUGGCUCACAUGCAGAGCAUGAAGGGAAGCCCUAUUGUAACAACCCAUGCUACUCAGCACUCUUCGGACCCAAAGGUUUUGGACGUGGCGGCACUGAGAGCCACACAUUCAAAUAGGUCAUUGCACAAGUUUACACACUCUAUAAGCUUGUUUUAGUGGAGCUUAUGUUUUGUUUAUUUGCCACUAUUUUUAGCCACAUAUUGUUAAACCAAAGACAAAAUGACCAAACCAUGCAAUGUUUUAGAAAGUACUAAUUUGUAUAAUCUGUUUUUAAAAUGUUGUCUGCUAUAGCAGCACACAAUGAUGUUUCAUUAGGGGCACUAGUCAAAGACCCUUUUAAAAUUAAAUUGAACAUUUCUUACAUUAAAUGUAUGAUUUAAACCUUC